AUGGGAAACAGUGCCAGCGGAGAAGAACUUUCAGCAGCCCUUAAGCAAGGCGCCAUGAUUGUCGACGUCAGAAGUCCCGGCGAAUUUGCCGGAGGCCAUGCUACCGGAGCCGUCAACUAUCCUUUGGGCGGCUUGGCUUCCAAGAUGGAUACUCUCAAGCAAACUGGCAAGCCUGUUGUCUUUUGCUGUGCCUCUGGGGGUCGAAGUGGCAGUGCCACAGACAUGGCCAAGGGUGUCUUGCCGCAAGAAGUUAUCAAUGGAGGUCCAUGGCAAAAUGUCCAAAAGGUUGUCUCGUCCAUGUAA